AUGUUGCCUAUAGGUAGAGGUAAAAGAAUGGCAUUAUUGGCAGUUGGCGAACUAAAUAGUAGUGAUGAAAAUGAACCAUUAAACCAAAUAGUGGAUGAAGUAACUUUUCAGAAAGAGGGUACUACUAAAAACCUUAAUACGGAUAAUAUAGUAGUAGAAAUUAACGUUGAUGGUAAUGUUGGAUAUAAUGACCAAAGUAAUAAUAGCAGUGGCUAUCCAUCCGUUCUCCUUGCAAUACCUGAAUUUCCAUCGAGAGAAAUAUUUGUACACGACCAAGUACAAAAUUGCAAUAUUAUUAAAGAGAUAAAUGGUAGUGUUACUGUGGAAUUAGAUAGUAAUGAAAAUGCGCUUGAUUUGUUGAUAAACACUCAGGAACCAGCUGCAAUUUUUGAAGAAAAUAUUAAUGAAGACUCUGCUGACAAAAGCCAAGAGAAAACCUAUUUAAACUUAUCAACUUUCUACCCGAGAGAAAAUGACGAUGAGGAAAUAAAUUCUAGUGUUGGUGAUGAAAGCAAAGAUAAAGAUUAUAUUGUACCCGACACUUAUGGAGCAAAUACCAGUUCUAGUGACAAUGAAGCUGAGAACUAUCACGAAAAAGUUGCUGAAACAGAAGAAAUGGUUGAAGAAACUGAACUGAGUGAGAAAAUUCUCACAAAAAAAAGAUCUAGAAAUCCAGACAAUUGGGAGAAGAAUGUGUUAAAGAAAAAAAGAAAUCUAGGAAAAAGUUUCACAACAAAAAAAGGUAAAAUAAUUGCAGCAAGAAGUGUUCAAUCAGCUUGUGGGCCCAAAUGCAGAUUCAAAUGCAGCGAAAAAAUUAAUAACGAAAUACGUCAAGAAAUACACAACAGUUUUUGGAAAAUGGGCAAUAUUAAUGACCAAAGAGAGUUUAUUUUAAGGCACAUGUCUGAGUUAAAAACAAAAUACCAAAAAAAGCUGCCUGAACGAAAAAGGUCAUACAAUUUCGUUUAUACAUUUUCUAUCAAUGGAAAUAAAAUCGUAGUUUGUAAGACAUUUUUUAUGGGUACACUAAACGUUAGUUCAAAAAUGAUUUUUACCGUUACGAAAAAAAAAUCUCAGGAUGGAUUUCUGGAAAAGGAUAAACGUGGCAAACAUGGACACAUGGGAAGGGCUAUUAAUCCACAGAUAAAAGCCGACAUACGUGAACACAUAAACUCAUUUCCCUUAAUAGAAUCACAUUUCUGUCGUUCAAGAACUGCCAAAAAAUAUAUCGAUGGAAGUCUUAACCUGUCCACUAUGUACAGAUUAUAUAAAGAACAAUGUGAAAUACUACAAAAACCUUAUGGAAAGUAUAACAUGUACUCCACAAUUUUUUCUACAGAAUUCAAUAUAAGUUUUUUUCAACCAAAAAAGGACCAAUGUGCCCUAUGUCAUAGCUUUAAUACCGCUACGGGAGAAGAGAAAGAAAAUUUAAAAAUGAACUACGAAAAUCAUCAAUUAGAAAAAGAGGCAAGUAGAAAAGAAAAAGCUGAAGAUGUGUCAAAAGCUGUUUCCUCGACUGAUCAAAUAGUUGCGGUUUAUGACUUACAGUCUGUAUUAAGUGUACCUUGUGGAGAGGUUUCACAUUUUUUUUAUAAAAGUCGUUUAUCUUGUUAUAACCUCACCGUGUAUGACAUUGGACAAAAAAAGGGUUUCUGCUAUUUUUGGAACCAGACCAUUGCUCAACGAGGUGCAAAUGAAAUAGGAAGUUGUGUAUAUUAUUUUCUAAAAGAGCAAAAUGAGAACCAGGUAAAAGAUAUUACUUUUUACAGUGAUAAUUGCAGUGGGCAAAAUAAAAAUAAAUUUAUUAUUGCAAUGUACAUGUACUGUGUGCAGUCUAUGACAAAAAUUGAAUCCAUUACACACAAAUUUUUAAUAGCUGGGCAUACCCAAAACGAAGGGGACAAUAUGCAUUCCUUAAUAGAAAGGGAGAAAAAAAGAAAGCUUAAGGCCAGCCCGAUUUAUGUGCCUGCUCAAUGGAGUACUAUAAUAGAAUUAGCCAAAAAGACCGGCCAUCCUUAUAAAAUUAAAGACAUGACGACUGAGGAAUUUCUGGACCUAAAAAAACUGACAUCCUCUUUGGGAAACAAUUAUAAUAUAAACGAACAACUAGAAAAAGUUCUGUGGACUGACAUUAAAAUUGUUAUGGUCAAAAAAAAUAACCCUUAUAUUCUUUUUUACAAGACAUCUUAUUCUGAUGCUGAAUACAAAUCAAUCAAUAUAAAAUUUAAGUCUCCAAGAAAUAAAUCAGUACCUAGUUUAUCUCAACUUUAUACCGGACCUAUUCUUAUUCCAUCUAACCUUAAGAAAGGAUUACUAGAACUUUGUGAGCUCAAAGCUAUUCCUAAGGUACACUGGGAUUUCUACAGAAAUUUGUUGGAGCAGGAAAAUACAAAAAAACACAAAAAAAAUAUUCCACCAAAUAAUGAUAGUGAUUGUGACGAGUGUGAAAAAGUGAAAGAUAUCUAG